AUGGAUUGGCAAUUAACUUGCCGAGUAUGUCUGGAAACGGGAGAUAUGGUUUCCUUGUUCGAUUGGGACGAAAACAACGAUCAACUUAGCGAUAAAUACACUGCGUGCUGUGGCGUUGAGGUUACAAAAAACGAUUCACUGCCAACGUUAAUAUGUCUGAAUUGUGUUGACCGGUUAACAUAUGCGUAUGAAUUCAAAAAGCAAUGUUUAUCUUCCAACGAAACGCUCAAAGAGUGUUUGGAUGAGUUUCUAAAAACCUCGUCCUUGACUAGUACAGGCGACAACGAUUCCAUUAACAAAUCUGAAACUGAAACAAUCACUGUAAAGCAACAAAAUGGCAUGCUGUUGCAAUAUGAGCUUCCAGUGGAACAUGAACCAUCAAUACAAUGGACUCGACGUUUGGUUAGGAAUGACAACAACGCUGUUGUAUUUAAAGCCCCAGAGGCAAAGAAAAGAGGACGGCCUCGUAAAUAUCCAAAUCCACAUGGAGCAAUUGAAGUAUCACCAUAUCACCGCAAGAAACCCAAGGAAGAGGUAAGGGAACCUGAAUCGUUGACAGCAUUAAUUGCCUCUGGAUCAUUGGAGAUUAAACAAGAACCAGAUAGUGAUGAAACUCUGUUUCAAUUUGAAGAAAUGGCUGAGGAUUCUGAUCCAGAUUUUGUUCCUGGGGAGGAAGAGGCAGAUGAUGUUCCGUUACAGCAAGAUACCCCAAGGAAACGCGGUCGGCCGAGGAAAAUAAGACCCCCAGUGCCAGAUAUAAAAAUUAAGGAAGAAGCGGAAGACAUGCUGCUAAAGGAAACCAUUAUGGCAUUCUCCGAACCCAUACAUGAUGAUGCGUUAAACCCAAAACCAAAGCCCAAGAAGAAAAAAAUUCAACAAAAGAAAAAGAAAUAUGUGUAUUCUAAGACUCACGUGUGUGAAACAUGCGGUGCGUCGUUCACUUCAAACGCUUCGUUGCAAGCGCACAUUAGACGCCAUUUGGGAAUCAAACCAUUUGUAUGCAGUAUAUGCGGGUACGCGUGCGUGAUGAACAUGGAGCUGCGUCGUCAUAUGUUCCGACACACGGGCGUGCGCCCCUACAAGUGCAGAGUUUGCGAUCGCCGAUUUGGGGACUUCGGUAGCCGACAGAAGCAUGAAAGAUUGCACAUGGGCAUUCGUCCCUACCAGUGUUCGUUAUGUGGAAAGUCGUUUACGUACUCGUACGUGCUCGCUAAUCAUAUGUUAACUCACACCGGCGAGAAGAAGUAUGCAUGUGGUCCUUGUAACAAGAAAUUUACGAAGGCCCACCACCUGAAGUACCACAACAAGGUCCAUCAUAAAGAGCUGUACAUCCAACAGCAGCUGGAGCAAGAGGCAAAGAAGAUGAGGCAGAGGAUCAACGUCUCCAACCUCUCGGGAGUCAUCUCGGGGGAGAUCGUUGAUGGCACUCUGCAGCUCACCCACAUCACUGAAGAUGGCGAACACGAGUCCCAAAUGGAGGUUGUCGAACAGGAUGAUGAACAAAAUGAAACGGACCGAGCCGUCGCUGAUAUGCAAGCGGUGGUCCUAGAUUCGGAGUUUGCAGGCAAUGAUGACCUUAAGACGCGUAUAAUUAGUCAUAGUGAGAUUUAA